CGCGACUAAAAUUUACAUCACCUCGAACGGCGGCGGCGGCGGCGGCGGCGGUUUCUCAUCUGCGGCGCCUCUUCGAUGCUGUUUGCUUUGCCAAGGCUUUGAUCCCAGAUGGGGAUCUCGUCGGGUGCAGACUUCCACCAGCAGCCCACCCCACAGGCCGUGCUGCCGCCACGCCCCCAUGGCCGUGCGCCGACGCUGCAGACGUCUCUCUCCCUGGCUGGUUCCGCCUCGCCGGAGCAGGUCGGGUCGCCUCCGGACACACAGGAGCCGCUGUCGAACUCCGACGCGGGGCAUGACUCCGCCACAGAGAGCGCCAGCUCACGGGAGACUUGGCCUGGGGAGCCCGGCAAGAGUGGUGGCGGCGACGCUCCUCCCGUGGCAUCAGCACCGAUAACUGCACUGAGGAUAGCUGAUAAUAAGGAGAAGGAGGUGGUUGGUAAUGGCGUCGCCGAGCUGCAGGCCUUUCGGAGUAGGAUCCCGAGUGCAGGCCGGAUGACUCUCAGGGAGGUUGCUUGGGACAGGGUGGACCUCGUUGCUGAGAAGAUGAAGGGUAUGAGCGAUGAGCUGCUGGACGAAACCAAAGCCGAGCUGCAGUCGAUUCUGGAAGGGACUGGCGGUCAGCACCAGAUUCAGGAGUUCAUGUACCUGCAGAAGCUUCUUCAGGGCAGGGUUGAUCUCACCCUGCCCAUCCUUUUGAUGGCUCACCAUGUGCAGCUGGAGAUCCUGGUUGCCAUCAAGACUGGGAUACAGGCGUUCUUGCACCCGAGCGUCGACAUACCCCAGAUCCGCCUCGCUGAGAUUUUCCUGUACAAGAGGUGCCGCAACAUUGCUUGCCAGAGUGCUGUGCCUGCUGAGGAGUGCAAGUGUAACAUAUGCAGUAACAGGAACGGGUUUUGUAAUCUCUGCAUGUGCGUGAUCUGCAAUAAGUUUGAUUUUGAGGUCAAUACGUGCCGCUGGGUUGGGUGUGAUAUCUGCUCGCACUGGACUCACACAGACUGUGCAAUUCGUGAUGGAAAGAUUGGGACUGGGCAGACGAUUAAGAACGGCGUUGGCCAUGCAGAGAUGCUUUUCCGGUGCCAGGCCUGCCAGAGGACAUCUGAACUGUUUGGAUGGGUUAGGGAUGUCUUUCAGCAAUGUGCACCCAAUUGGGACAGGGAUGCCUUGCUGCGUGAGCUUGACUAUGUUUGCAAGAUAUUCCGUCUAAGUGAGGACUCAAAGGGGAGGAAAUUGUUCAGAAAAUGUGCUGAGCUAGUUGAAAGAUUGAGGGGUGGUUCUGCUGAAUCAAUGACUCCUAGAAUUCUGCUACAAGCGCUGCAAGAGCUGGACAUUGAUUCCUCCAAGAACUUUGAGCACCAAGAGCCAGGGCGGCUGAUCACUCCCCAGGAGGCCUGCAACCGGAUCGCUGAGGUCGUCCAGGAAGCAGUGAGGAAGAUGGAGAUGGUGGCCGAAGAGAAAUUGCGGACGUACAAACGCGCCCGCCUCGCUGUGGAGGCGUGCGACAGGGAGCUGGAGGAGAAGGCCCGGGAGGCCCAGGAGCUGAAGGUGGAGCGGCUGCGGAAGCUGCAGCAGGCGGAGGAGCUGGAGAGCAUCAUCCGGCUGAAGCAGGCGGAGUCGGAGAUGUUCCAGCUGAAGGCGAGCGAGGCCCAGGAGGAGGCCGAGCGGCUGCGGAGCGUCGCGCUGGCGAAGCGGAAGUCGGAGGCGGCGGGGCAGGACUACGCGAGCAUGUACCUCAAGCGGCGCCUCGAGGAGGCCGAGGCCGAGAAGCAGUACAUCUUCGAGAAGAUCAAGCUGCAGGAGAACCAGCAUGCCACGAGCAGCAGCGGCGGGGGUGCCCGCCUCGGCGGCGGAGCUCCCUCCGCCGGGGAACCCUCGCAGGCGAUGAUGCUGUCCAAGAUCCAGGACCUGCUGAAGAACGUGCGCAGCGUGCCGUCCGGCAAGCCAGAUGGGCAGCGCUCCAAGUAGCAGUAGCGUCGUGGGGUGGGCUCGGCUGGGCGGGAACUGCCACUCCAUCGGCCUGCUGGUUGUUACUACUUGUUAUUAGACGUAGUAGUUGUUAACUAGCAGUGUAGUAAGUUUACAUGAUAUAUAUACUGCAUUUUUUUGGGGGGAACAAAAUGUUGAUUACCUGCGCAGCAUUGUCCUAGGUGUGUUUAGUAGCGACUUGUUUUCACUGAUUAUGUGAUAUGUAUGAAUUGUAUGUGCAGGUGAUUCAAGUGUAACCAAACAGCGUAGCUGCUGUACGGAU